AUGGAUAUUGAAGAUCUAGAGGAACCAACCAAGGAUGAAGAUUUUUGGGAAGAUAAGAGAAAGCGGUAUUUUCUGAAUGGUGAUGUGAAGGUUGAAAUGCUGAAGGAUAAAGAAGACACGUACAAACGAUUCAAGCAUCUCCUUGGCCUAACUGAUCUCUUCCGUCACUUUAUUAGCAUUCGCGCGAAACAAGAUAAGAAUAUGCGAAAGCUACUCAACUCCAUCGAUGGCGACAUUAAAACAACUGGGCGACGCUCUAGGCGUUCCUCGGAUGAUUGGAGACAUCACAGGAAGACCGAGAAGGAAGAAGACGCUGAGCUUAUGGUGGAAGAGGAAAACGAGGACUUGACCACGACAGUGAUCAAUGAGUCUCCCACCUUCGUGAAGUCUGGCACAUUAAGGGAUUAUCAAAUUCAGGGGCUCAAUUGGCUCAUAUCUUUGCAUGAAAACAAGCUGUCAGGAAUUUUAGCGGAUGAAAUGGGCCUAGGUAAAACCUUGCAGACCAUAUCAUUUUUAGGCUACCUUCGUUAUGUUAAAAACAUCGAGGGACCGUUCAUUAUUAUCGUACCUAAGUCUACACUUGAAAAUUGGCAACGUGAGUUUGCUAAGUGGACCCCAGAAGUGGAGACAGUCGUAUUACAAGGUGAUAAAGUCCAAAGGCAGACUAUCAUCAAGAAUAUAGUGUUGCAAGCGCGAUUCGACGUUCUUAUUACAUCUUAUGAAAUGGUUAUCAAAGAAAAAUCGACACUUAAGCGCCUCGCUUGGCGCUACAUAGUGAUUGACGAAGCACACCGCAUUAAAAAUGAACAGAGUGCAUUGUCUCAAAUCAUUAGACUCUUUUACUCAAAAAACCGGCUCUUGAUAACAGGCACUCCGCUACAAAAUAAUCUGCAUGAAUUAUGGGCACUUUUGAAUUUUCUACUUCCAGAUAUCUUUGGGGACUCAGAGGUCUUUGAUGAGUGGUUUGAACAAAAUAAUGGGGAAGAAGAUCAAGAAGUUGUUGUGCAGCAACUGCAUACCGUUUUAAGUCCCUUUUUACUGAGAAGAGUCAAAGCAGACGUUGAAACCUCCCUUCUGCCGAAAAUUGAAACAAAUGUUUACGUAGGCAUGACGGAAAUGCAGAUUCAGUGGUAUAAAAGCUUGCUAGAAAAAGACAUUGAUGCAGUUAAUGGCGCCGUAGGAAAACGAGAGGGGAAAACACGGUUGUUGAAUAUAGUCAUGCAACUUAGGAAAUGCUGUAACCAUCCAUACUUGUUCGAAGGAGCAGAGCCGGGUCCGCCUUAUACAACAGAUGAGCACCUGAUAUUCAAUGCAGGCAAAAUGAUCGUUCUUGAUAAACUUCUGAAGAAAAAAAAGGAGGCAGGGUCAAGAGUUCUGAUCUUCAGUCAAAUGUCGAGAUUGUUGGAUAUCUUGGAAGACUAUUGUUAUUUCAGAGACUACGAAUAUUGUCGUAUUGAUGGAACUACCUCCCACGAAGACCGUAUUGACGCUAUUGAUGAAUUUAACAAACCAUCCUCCGACAAGUUUAUCUUUUUGCUGACAACGCGAGCUGGAGGACUAGGCAUCAAUCUGGUAAGUGCCGAUACAGUCAUACUUUAUGAUUCGGAUUGGAAUCCACAAGCAGAUUUACAAGCCAUGGACAGAGCGCACAGAAUUGGUCAAAAGAAACAAGUUCAUGUGUACCGCUUUGUCACGGAAAAUGCGAUCGAAGAAAAGGUAAUUGAAAGAGCUGCACAAAAGCUGAGGUUAGAUCAAUUGGUCAUUCAACAGGGACUCGGAAAAAAGACUCCAAAUUUAGGUAAUAGUAAGGAUGAGUUGCUAAAUAUGAUUCAAUUUGGUGCCAGAGAUGUGUUUGAAAAGAAGUCUGCGAAAAUCACAAUCGAGGAUGAUAUAGAUGAAAUUUUAAAAAAGGGUGAACAAAAAACUAAAGAACUUAGCGCAAAAUAUGAAACUUUGGGUUUGGAUGACCUACAGAAAUUCAAUGGAUUUGGAGACCAAUCCGCUUAUGAGUGGAAUGGUGAGAAUUUUCAGAAGAAAGGCAAUGAGACUGACUUCAAGUGGAUCAAUCCUUCAAGGAGAGAAAGGAGAAGAGAUCAUACGUAUUCAGUCGAUGAUUACUACAAGGAAGUGAUCGGAGGCUCAAAAUCAGGGGGAAAAACAUCUUUGAAGAAUAGUCCUCAGCCGAGGAUGCCACGACCUCCCAAAAUGGUUAAUAUUCAAGACUUUCAGUUUUUCCCAUCGGAACUUCAAAGAUUGCAGGAAAAAGAGCAGCUUUCGUAUAAGAAAAAGGUGAAUUAUAAGGUUUCUGCAUAUGAUCUUGGCUCUGAGGAGAAUGACCUUUCCACCGAAGACUUAGAAGAGAAAAUUCGUGAGGAACAAGCCAAGAUAGAUAACGCUCAGGACUAUACUGAUGAAGAUGACGCUUUGAAACAGAAAUAUACUUCACAAGCUUUUACAAAUUGGUCGAAGCGUGAGUUCUUGAAUUUUAUAAGUGCCUGUGCAAAGUUCGGUCGGGAUAAUUUGAAACUGAUUGCAAGCGCAAUUGAAAAUAAAUCUUUGGCGGAAGUUGAAGCGUACUCAAGGGUAUUUUGGGACAGAUAUCAAGAAAUCAGUGGUUAUGAAAAGUACCUGAAUACUAUCAAAACCGGUGAGAAGAAAGCAGAUCGCCUAAAGCUUCAAGAAAGUUUAUUAAGGAGAAAAAUUGAGCAGUGCAGAUCUCCAAUUCAUGAUAUGACAAUCCAGUAUCCACCCAAUAAUGCCAGGCGAACAUUCAACGCUUUGGAAGAUAAGUUCAUUCUUAUAGCUGUGAACAAACAUGGUCUACUGACAGAGAACUUGUACGAGAAAGUCAAGCAAGAGAUAAUGGACAGUUAUUUAUUUCAGUUUGAUUGGUUCAUAAAAACUAGAACCGUAAAUGAAUUGUCAAAGAGAGCAAAUACGCUCUUGACCAUGAUAACAAGAGAAUUCGAAGGACCAGAAGCUUUCAAGAGAAAAAGGAAUAAGAUAAAGGAAGGCACGCCUGGUUCUAACGUAGAUGGUGGUCACUCUGCCUCAGAGCCAGUAAGUAAAAAGGUCAAAAUACUUCAAGAAUAA